AUGGAUGAGUAUGGCGGGCCGGCGGCGCCGCCCCGGCCGCCAAAGCCGGCGGCGCGCGUCCACAGGCCGACGGGCGCGCGCCAGCCCACCGUGUCGUUGCUGCGGCCACGACCUGAGGCCGAGCGCGAGCGAAACGCCUACGUGGAGGCUCCACGGCGAGCUCACGCCGUGCCCGUGCCUCCCCAUACGGCCGCGCAUCAACCUCUCAAGCCGGUGACGACGCAGCCGGCCGCCGCGGCCGACAAGCGGCGCGCCGGCGCCCUCCCGGCCGACUCGAUAGUGUGCGACACGUGCGGCCGCUGCCGCUGCGAGCAGUGCGCUCGGCCGCGCCCGCUGCCGUCCCGCUGGCUGUGCGGCUCGUGCCUGUGCAGCGCCGAGGCGUGCGUCGACUACGCGUCGUGCAUGUGCUGCGUGAAGGCGCUGUUCUACCACUGCGGGAGCGGCGAGGAGGAGGCGGGCGAGCCGUGCGCGUGCGGGCCGCGCCUGGCGUGCGUGGGUGCGCUGGCGCUGCCGCUGCCGUGCCUGUGGCUGUACUGGCCGCUGCGGGGCUGCGCGGCGGCGGGCGCGGCGCUAUACGCGCGCUGCCGCCGCUCCGGCUGCCGCUGCCCCGAGCCCCCUCCGCGGCUCUCCAGUAUUAUCUAG